GACCGACUUAAAACCAAAAUCUCUCUCUUGCCCUUUCCUUCCUCCCACUGUCAUCGCGAUUGGCCUUCCAAUUCUCGUGAUCUCGUCAGUCAGUUGCCGUUGUCGGUGCCACUCCAUCGAGGUUCACUCCAUCGAGGUUCACUUCGUCGAGCGUUCGAAAUCCUGCGAUUCCUCUGUUCUUUCUUCUCCGAUCUUGAGCUGCUCAUUCCGUUCUUUGCCUAAAAUUCUGUCACCAUAAUUGAGUUAAGCAAGAUGGAUUCCAUGGAGCAACAAAUAGUUUGGGAGUUUGACUGAGAGGAAGCAUUUGCCUUUAUAAAGGACUUAUUAGAAAAAAUCAUAUGGUAUAUAGAUAAUGGUGACUAUUUCAAAGGAUUGGUACUAUAUAUGAAUGACUAUUAAUUGUGGAUUUGACAAUUAGCUUGCAUUAUUUUUAUGAAAUUUUUAUAUUCAUUGUUUUGAAGAUCUCAGAAUGGUAUUUUUGUCCAUAUGAAAAUUUUGUUAAAGUUAUCCUAUGUAAUCCUACAAAAUUCCAAACAUAAAAUGGGAUAAAUUUUUUAUACAAUCCAAAAAAAUGCCAAACAUAAGAUGAGAUUCAUAUUAUCUUUUCCAAUCUAGUCUUGUUUUGUCUCAUUAUUUGUCUUACUCAGUCCUAUCCUAACCUGCAUCUCAAACAUGCUGUUAAUCUCGUCACUAGGCAUUCAAGGCUCCUCCAUUACGAUUAGCAGAAGCACCGACCUCAAGGGCCUCUAUGUAUAGAAUCUUCACUAUGUUCCUAAAGCGACGCCGGAAUGUGGGAAUCCGGGACAUGGAAGCUACUAUUCCCUGUAACCUGUCAUUUGAAAGUUAAUAGAUGAUAUCCAACUUCCAUUUGUAUAGGAUUGGCAAUACAAAAGCAUGGUUUGAAGCGGUGGAAUUGAUCAUAUUUGCAUUAUCAGUAAAUGUACCUUCUGAUUAUGGCUUGAAGCUGAGUUCUCCUGACUUUGUCAUUGGAUGGAUAUCCAAUAUCAUCCCAACCCUCAGACUUUGUAACGAGCUUUCUCAGGCAAAUUUCUUCAUCUUCAUCAAGUUGAUGCUUCUUCAGUUGCUCUUUCAUUAUCAAGAGGGGUUCGAUGAACCAGUCAAACAACUUAUCGCUAGGUCCAUUGAUCCUUGUCAAUUUCACAUCGUCAGCUGCAAAAUUUGAUUACACAACUAUGUUGUCACUCAAUUAGGUUAGAUAAAACCAAUGACAUAAAGGAGACAAGAACACAUACUAAUCACCAACCCAGAAGAGUCAAACUUCGCUGAUGCCAAUAGGCACUGCAAUAUGGACCAAGCAGGUAGUUUGAUACCCAACUUUUUGCAAUUGCCUUUCAUCGGGCAUUCCUCAAUUUCUUUUGUACUUAUCAAGCUGUUUACACCUAAUUUUACAACAAAUAAAGUGCUGCCACGUGUCACCCAUGAUGGUAGAUAUUUUAUUAGUUGGAAGUGGGUGUGGAUUUCUUCAGAUGAAAUUGAAUGGUAAUUUCCACAACGGCAGCAAAACCGUUC